AUUGCAGUCUAAUUUGUUCAGAAUGGAGAUGAAAACUUUGGUUGGUUUGCAUCAUACCUUAUAGCCAUAUAUAUAUAAAGCUUCCAUUUAACGUCCGAAGAAUGCAUACCUGAUUUGAGUUAGACUCUAGUCUUGACUAUUUUAUGUAGGUGGCAACUGACAAGAGUUUCAGUCUAGCUCAUCUGAAGUUUCUCUGUAUGCAGGAGGGCGAGCUGGAGGAGCUUGAGAAGGGCGUGGAGCCUGCGUGGGAAAGCUUGGUCCACCUGCUCAAGCGCAUCGUCGACAGGCUAAACGUCAUUGACCACAUCAAGGCCGUCAAGGACUCGCCCGACCUCCGUGCCGCCGUCGAGGAUGUCCAGAUGCUGGCGUUUCAUGUUUCGUCGCGAGCAUCAAGACGAAGAAGUCGGAAGAAGCAUAGUUCAAGCUCAUCGGAGCUAGUUCAAGGAGUAAUGAAGCCCUUGAUGCUGAUCCGUAUUGGAACAAAUUGAAGCACGAACUGUGACAUAUAGAGCUUGUUAUACUGUAGAGCUUGAUGCUCAUCGGCUCAUGUGACAUAUU